UUAAUCUUGUUUUCAAUAAUAAAAGUCCACGUCAACGUCAGAAACAAACAAAACAAUACAAGGUUGUCAGUGCCAAGUCAGUAUAGUGCGGGCACAAUAUCUUUAAUCCUAAAAAUCCCUCUUCAAAACAUUGUAUACGUGCGUAUAGCUUUAAUCUGAUGAUUAAAGGGGAAAGGAAUUAAAAAGACUUCGAUCAGAAUUUAGAACGCAUAUUUUAAUUGUGAACCGAGAUUCUACAUUAGAGAUUACCAUUUUUUCAGUGAGACAGUACAAAUAAGUGAAGUUUGAAAUACAUUUUUCCCCCUAAGAUGGCUACAAGUCGUCUUGCUCGAAAUGUUACUGAGGACUAUUUAACCUGUACGAUUUGUCUACAGCGCUUUCGAGAUCCUCGGACACUGCCGUGCGAGCACACAUUCUGCCUCGCCUGUCUGGCUAAUCACGUCAGCGCCUCAAUAGAUGACGGUGUAUUCGUCUGCCCGGUGGACAAGACAGAAAUCCAGGUCAGCAAAGCAGACGACCCCUGGGAGAGCGCGCGAGCUUUCCCGACAGACAGUCUGGCGGAGGCGUUGAUCAAAGUGGUAGAGGAGGACACAAGGCGAGUGAACGUGAGUGAUAAUGGCGAGGAUCUGAAUUUCUUCUGCUUUGGAUGCCAGAUAAUGACGAGCGCUGAAAACGCAGUGGAAAAUCAUCGUCAUCCAAACUGUGAUUGUGUUAAUCUUCAGAAAGCUUAUCAACGAGUGAUGCCGGUGUUAAUCAAUUACAAUCGAGAACUGGAAAAGGUUUAUCUCAAAUCUGAGAAAAUCAAACGAGUUGUCACAAAUGGAAACGGGAUUUCUGAAGCUAAACAAGAAGUGUUGAGCGAGAUCGGCGAAUUUGAAGCAAAAUUAGACGAUUUUUAUGCUGGAUGCAAAGCAGGUCUUGGUGCAAUGAAAACUAAGGUAGCAGAACACGAAGUCAAAAAUGGCAUGACAAUUAAUCACGCAGUUCAUGAUGAAAUAGCUAGGAGAUACUCCUCAUUCAAUCAAAACUUUGACGACGAAAAUGUUUCCGAACUCUUGUCUGUGUAUCUUUCUGUCAACAAAAAGCUAAAGGAACUUGAGAAGUUUGAAGAAACUCUGCAAAUUAAAACACAGAAGUUUCCAAUAGAUUUUCUUCCAAAUAAACAGUUGUUGAACAUGUUAAGAAGCAAACAGCAAUGUGGAAAGUUACAAGUUUCCUCGAGUUCGCAUUUCAGGGGUCAACAGUCAGCAGACGUCGAAGAGUGUAACUAUUAUGACGUAGCAGCGACGGACAAAUACAUCGUGACGUGUGACGGAGAGACCGGAGUUGUUCAACGCUUCCUGCACGACGGUUCGUAUGUCGAUUCCAUGCGAGUAGACAAUAUUUGUCGGAUGACAGUAGUUACAGACGAUGAAAUUGCAGCAACCCGUUUAUUUAAACGUAAAAUUGCCUACAUCUCUCUGGGAAAGAAAAUGCACAUUCGAGAUCAAGUCAGAACGAAAAAGUCGUAUAUUGGGAUAUGUCUGCUGUCGACUGGGAAUUUCUGUGUGUCAUUUUACGACGGUGAAGAGCCACCAGGAAUAGAAAUCAUUUCAGACGAGGGAAAGGUCCUCAAAACACUUUUAGGACACAGGAAUCCCGCGGGUUCCGUCCCUCUUUUUCUCGUACCGAUGUUUCUAACGUCGACAGCCAGCGAUAAUAUUGUCGUCUGCGACUUCACGGACUCUAAUCACGUGAUCUGUUUUAACGAUAAUCUGGAACUUCUCUGGUACCAAGGUUUUCCCAGCAUGCCGUGCUGUGUGACGUCCGAUGAUGACGGCAUGCUUUACGUGUCUUUUCCCGAUUUGAAUGAGGUACUGGUUGUGCACGAGGAUGAUGGGAAAAAGGUAAGGACUGUGGUGAAGAAAAGUGAUGGCGUCCACAGACCGUUUGCCAUUACGAUCAACGACAGUACACUUGUUAUCACAGAAGACGAAACAGACAAGAUCCACAUGGUCAAGGUGUGACCUACAUAUUACUGCACAGCGCCAUGUUGAUCUAAGAAGAAUUCGAGAUCUAUCAUACCCUACGUAGAGAUGUUGGAAAACUUUUAUAUAACAAAAUGUCAAAUAAUUAAACCAAGUAACACAAUCGUGGCAACUGGGAGAUUCGCUAGCACUUCAAUAAACGU